UCAGACUGGUCACGAAUCUAAGCUGAGCAACAGGAAAUUGACGGUCUUGGUAGAGCUACUGUGGUCCCAGCCUGUAUGCCAUCCAUAGUUCUUCUGGCUCCCCAUCUCCUCUUGGUACGACCUUGUAACGACAGCCAACGAUGCAUGCAUCUAUAAUCUGCUCAGUAGUCUUUUCAUCGUACGGAAGACAGCAGCAGCUUCGUUCCUUCGCAGUGUACCUCGAUCUGCGAUCCUGUCAACGAUAAAGAGAAUGAUGCAAGCUUGCAUCCCGGACCUUGACCUUGCUGAUGUGCCAACUCUCAUCCAGGGAUGUCCUGUGCCAUCCGUAUGCUGCACUCAGUCUUUUGAAACAAGCUACUACAACUGCCUCUUGCGCGUUGGCAUUGCAUUGAAUGCUACAGAUUAUAUACAGGCACAAGCCGUCAAUCGCCUUACUAAUACAUACACUAGGACUCUACGUCUCUUGCUCCGAUUACGGUUAUUCGCUGCAAGAACUCACACUCCCUGGUCAAGACGCUCACGCAAUUUCUUCCCGCACUAGAACUUCCAGUGCUGUGGACGAAAUUGCAGUGCCGUUGGCAAAGGUCGACGUCUCAGAAGAGGCGAGCGAAAUACUUGAAGGCAAUAUGGUGGUCGUCAGGGCGGGCAUUCCCGAUAAAGAUUCCGGUGAAGAUCCCGAUGAAGAUCCAGAGUCACCCAGUCCGAGUCCUCCACCCCCACCCACAAGCUCAAGUGCUGCGCUGGGGCUAAACACAUGAGGCAGGAGAGUCUUGGCUUCGGUUAGUGCUGCUGUAGGAUUGAUCGUGCUGCGGAACAGCUAAUCGGGAAAACUGGUGUAUAAUUGUCCUGCUCGUCGACAUGAGACUGGACCAUCAGCGAAACCAUUGAGAUGGACGCUUAGCUCAAGCACGUUACGGACACUUAUGAAUGCUUACUUCA